UUAGGAUUUAAUUACUUUGAAGAUUUAGAAUUACAUACUAUUGAGUUGAAGAAGUUUAGUAAUAAAGAAGAAGACCUAACCGCUAUGGUUCAGAAAGUGCAAAACAACUUAGAUAAAUGGGUUGCUUUCUUAGCGAGAAAUGACUUAUUAGAUAAAAACAAUUUACCCUCGCCUUUAGCUGAUAAUACUUUAAAAAAGGCUUUAGAAGUCCUAGAAGCUAAUUCCUUAAAGAAGGCCAAAAUUGAAGCAGAAGUUGCAGCGAGAAUCGAAGAAAAAAAAAAGAUAGCUAAAAAUUUACUAGAUGAAAAAAUAGAUAUUCCUUUCAUUGCAAAAGUUACUGGUUUAACCAAAGAAGAA